UGAAGUGAUCUUUUGCUUUGCUAUCUCACAACGCAUAUAAUCGACUGACCUGUCACUUUCAGUUGCAACAGGAGAAAGGGUCAAGUGUGGCUAGGCCGUGACGUCAUAAAUUCCGCCCACUGUGAUUGGUUUGAGCAGAGUAAGGGGGCGUGGCUAAGACGAUCCCUACCGUGGUCAGCCACUCAAACCUUUCGUCUUCAGUUGCUGUGGAGGAGUGUAGUGGAGAGGUUGAGUCGACUCGUGCUCUUCUCAAACACGUGACUUGGAACGUUGACAACCUCUCGAGGAUAAGUUCAUCAGUGCAAAAGUGUGUCCGGGGAUUUGAGUGCGCGAGCAACUUGUCCGGGAAGUGUGUUUAGGCGAGGAGACUCCACCAUGACGGACCUUGGCCUGAGCGAGGUGACGGAAUGGUACCGCAACAAGACCGUUUUCAUCACCGGAGGGACGGGCUUCAUGGGGAAGGUCCUCGUCGAGAAACUGCUUAGGUCGUGCCCCGUCAGGAGGAUUUAUCUCCUCAUGCGGCCCAAGCGAGGGGUGGACGUCAACCAGCGCCUCGACGACAUGUUCAACUACAAGGGCAACGAAUCAACUCACGGCACGAACGGGGCCCGGUUUAACAGGACCACGUUAUUCGACAAAAUCAAGGAGUCGCAGCCAGAGGUUUUGCAGAAGGUGUUCGCGGUGAAGGGUGACAUAACGAUGGAGGGCCUCGGCCUGAGUGACGAGGACGAGGCGCGUUUGGCCGACGAGGUGAACGUCCUCUUCCACGCCGCCGCCACCAUUAACUUCACCGAACCCAUGCGAGUAGCCGUCAACAUGAACAUGCUGGGCACCAAGAGAGUCGUCAGUCUCGCACGCAAGAUGAGGAACCUGCAGGCCCUGGUGCACGUGUCGACAGCCUACGGGAACUGCCACUUGCCCGAGGUGUACGAGGAACUGUACCCCGCCCCUAUCGACCCCGGGCGCCUCAUCCAGCUGACGGAGUGGCUGGAUGACAAGCUUCUGGAGGACAUCACGCCCCGCCUGGUGGAGCCUCGACCCAACACCUACACCUUUACCAAAGCCCUCGCCGAACACCUGCUUGUCAACGACGGGGAGGGAUUGCCCAUCACUAUCAUCCGUCCUUCGAUCGUGUGUGGCUCGUGGAGAGAACCCAUCCCCGGCUGGGUGGACAACCUCUUCGCGUUCACAGGGCUUCUGGUGGGCAUGGGGAAAGGCGUCCUGCGUUCGCUCUACGUCAGCAACGGCAUCAAGCUCGACUUCAUCCCCGUCGACGUCCCGAUCAACCUCAUGAUCGUGUCGGCUUGGAACACGGCCGUCGGCAGAUACAAGCCAGAAAGCGUCCCCAUCUACUGCUGCUCAACCGGAACCGACCAGCCCCUGACGAUCGAGGAGCUGGCAGAACACCUGAAGAAGUCGGUGCGCAAAUACCCCUUCAACUACCCUCUGUGGUAUCCGGACGGCUCAGCCAAGAACAUCAAAUUCCUGCAUCAGCUCCACGUUUACGCGGUGAACAUCAUCCCAGCCUACAUCGCCGACACCAUCAUGAGAAUCUUGGGGAGAAAGCCCAUCGCCGUGAAGCUGUGCAACAAGAUGGUCAAGGCCGUGAGCGCCCUGGAGUACUUCAUGCUGCGCGACUGGACCUUCCACACCUCGAAGACCAACGCCCUGUGGCGGUCCCUCAGCCCCGCCGACCAGGACAUCUACCACUUCAGCGUCAAGGACCUCGACUGGGACACGUACAUCCAGACGUACCAGAAGGGCUGCAAACAGUACAUCAUGAAGGAGGAGCUCUCGACCAUCCCCUUCGCCAAGAAGGUGAUGACGCGGAUGCACGUCCUACACCGCAUCGUCCAGCUGUGCCUCAUGUACGGCGUGUGGUGCCUGCUGUCCACCGACACCGCCUCCGCCUUCUACUCCGCCUGCUUCAACGGCGCCUCCCAGCUGCUGUCCCUCACCCCGGCCUUCGUCGCGGCGGAGGAGGCGGCGGCGACCGGGUCGUAGGGCCUCGCGCAGAUGCCCCAGCUUCCACAACCCAUCAGCCAGUGCCCAGAGGCCCAGUCCAGCCACCACACGCGCAUCCAAGGCCUGCCAGCUGGUGUUGAGGUCGCGGUGAAGUCAUCCAGGAGGUCACUCUCGCUGAGACGCCUCACUGACACUAGCAUCUACCUCGUGAGCUCUGGAGGAGGCGCAGGGGAGGACCUCACCUCAUGCGCCCCAAUCAGUAGGGCAUUUUGCUUGCUACCUUAGUUGGUUCUUCUUAGCGAGUGAUCAGCGAGUGUCUGUAGAUUCAUCCCCAAGAAUUUUACAGGAUUUUUUGAAAGAAAAGGAUACGAUGUGCUCAUUUUACUACUUAUGGGAUUUUUUUUUUACCAGUAUCGGACUUUACCGUAUCGAGUCUCCUUUUGUUUUUGUCUCAAAAAGGGUUGUAUUUGUUUCAUAAUUUUGUCUCUAUUGUCUUUUUGGGCACUAACUUUUCCCCGCGAGUUGCACUAGGUCGCUCAACAUCACGUGAACAAGUGCUCAAGUACCCGACUUUUAAGGUAACCCAAGGUAUUACCUGUAUAAUACCACGUUGUAAAUAGUGUUUUUUCUUUCUUUUUUAUUUUUUAGUGGAAGAUAUUCUGCCCCAAAGACUUAAUGAAUCGCAUGCCAUUUUAUCGAUGGACAUACAAUGAAAGACUUUUUAUCACAAAGUAUUUUUUUUAACGUUUGCACACUUCUUUGUUAUAUCACGCUGUUAUGUUUGUUUUUUUUUGUCAUGAUGGCGGUUACUUGAAAAUAAUAUUUAUAGGCUUAGAGUAUCUUAUUCUAUUGUGACAGUAUAGUGUAAUAUGUAACCUGCUGCUGACAUAAAUUGCCUUCAAAGUUUUGUACAUUCGUGUUCUCCAUAUUUUUUUUUGUCUUUACGUCAGUGUAGUAUAUUGACCAUAUAGUUAUUAGGAAUCACUGCUUAACCUGGAUUGAAAAGGACACAGUGUGACCCCUCAGACAUUAGGCUGAAAUUUUGAAGGCUGAAAUGUUCAAUGUCAAGAAGAAGGACUAAUAUUUGGUUCAAAUUUUGAGGGCUAUAAUAUUUAGCAUGGAGAGAAUGAUAUUAAUGUUAACUUAAAUGUAGCUGGUUUCUCAUCCCGAUAUAUUCAUGUCUCUUGCACUUAUAAAGGGGUUCAUCUAGAAGAUAUACUGAAAGUGGACCUACGUAUAAAGGUUUGUUUAUUGUUUCUUAAUAUAUAUUUUUAUGAUGUACAUAGUCCUCUGUAUUUCCAAACUUUGGCAUGCUUUGAAAACACACGAUUAUUCAUUGGCUUGUUGAAGAUUUAGGCAUUCUUUGUAUACAGUUUAGAUAGAAAAUAUGAAGGGUAUUUAACCUGUAAUAUCUACUUUUCAAGCGAGAAUCUCUCUCUCUCUCUCUCUCUCUCUCUCUCUCUCUCUCUCUCUCUCUCUCUCUCUCUCUCUCUCUUCUCUCUCUCUCUCUCUCCUCUCUCUCUCUCUCUCAACUUGGAAAUUACAUAUUACACGUACUCUCUUAUGAUAUUUACCGUCGGUGUUUUAACUAUACAUUACGCACGAGGAAAAUGGCAGUGUUAUUGUACUGUCGUGUGUGUAUGAUAGGGUCGACACUCAGGUCUCACCUCUCCAUUAUGUUAUAUAUCCAGGCUCUAGCAGCUCGCUCUCUACCCCUUCUUGAUUUCGAAGGAUUUUUCUCCCUUUUCGUUUUUUUGUGUUUUUUUUUUAAUUCCAGUAUUCAGACUCAUAAGUGACUUCCCAUGUAUUGUCCAUCUCUACUAUUUAGGUUCACUUUAUCGUUAAUUAUGUAUAUUUUUUUCUCUCUCUGUCUGUUCAAAGGGGGGUGAACUUGUACCUUCACUCUGGCGAGUCAGAUGGUUGUAAACAGUAUUUUUGAAUUUACUGGUGUAUUUUUAAAACGAAGAACCACAGAAAGCAGGAUUUAUAAAAAGCCUCAGUAUUCAGUUCAGUCAUUUCGCCCUGGAGAAAUUAACUAAAUAUUAUCGAUAAUGAGGACGUGCCCAUUUAAGAAGACUUACUGAUGACUUCAUUAGCUGUCAACUCUUUUUUUAAUAAGCCGUCAAAAGUGCAUUUUCUCGGUUAUCCAGGAGCGAGAGAGCAUCAUAGGCAGUCGAUGAAAUACUGGACUGCACAAUGUACACAAUCGGUCGCUGUACAUAUGAGUUUAUUCCUGUGUACUUCAGGUUGUUUGGAAAUCGUCCUCAAGAAUGUCUAAUACACCAGGUUUAUUGACUUUUUUUAUAUUUAGACAGCACCUGUUGAGGCUACGAGGUGCUGUUCGUUGUACAUAGUUUAGAUGAUACUCGUGUAUUCCCAUUUUACAUAUUAUUUUGUACUGUACUAAUUAAUUCCUCUAUUAUAAGGGUAAUUAAUAUUUGUUUCGUUUUUUCAUUUUGUUUCUAUAAUUUAGUAUUUUCUUUUUAGUUUUUAAUUUCAUUUUCAUCAUCUCGUUAUUUUCGUUUUUCAUUAAUUUUUUCACCCGUUUUUAUUUUAUUAUAUUAUUUAUUAUUAUUAUUUUUUUAUGAUAAACAUCACUUAGAAAUCAUCAUGAGUGUACAUGAUACAUAUCAACCAAAUCCACUCAAUUAAGAGGAUAUAUUUAUAUAUCUAUACCAUUUUACUCUACCAAUUUUAAUGUACUAAUGAAUUAAAAUUUUAUUACCGUGUUUUAUAAUAAAUUCAUCCCUUAAGGUCUGUAUAGUUUACACAUUUUUUUCAAUGAAUUUUUAUGUAAUAUUUGUGACAUCCGAAAUCCACGUGUCUUUAGAAUGUGACAUUGUACUUGUAUAUUGUAGCUCUGAUUUUCAUUAAAAAAAUAACAAUAUA